UGUGAACACAGCAACCGAAUGAUAUCAGUGUCAGUAUUCUAUGUUUUAUUUAAACAGUAACAAGUACUGGUUCAUCAGUUUCCAAAUUAUUGUCCCUCAUAUAGAACCUAAAUUUCGAGUAGCUCUAAGCGUCCUUAUUUAUUUUGCAAAUUUUAUUACUUGUAACUUUUGGCCCUCAAAACGGAAAAAUAUAUACAAAAUUUAGUUGGUUUUAAUUUUGUCAGUUUGGGCCAAAUCUUAUAUAAGAAGCCAGAAAAUAAGGAUGCCAAUAUUCUCGAAGAAUUUUCCAUCGUUGCGCCAGUUAACCGCGGGCAGCACUCGUCGGGCCCUCACCACUGGAUCCAGCUUGGAGCAGGCGGUCCUUCUGACCACCUCAUCACUCACCAAUAACACCAAUCCCAUCCGUAAGAACUGGCCAGCGCGUGAGGAGUCCUACGCCGCAUAUCAGCUACUCCGCCAGAAGCAAUUGAAGCGCACCUGGAGCAGCCGUGCCACCUCCCACCUGGAAGCCACCAACAUGUUUCGCUCAGUUAGCCGGUUGGACCACGCUGCCCCCCGCCGGAUGCCAGGUAUGACCACCCAUGCCCAGGCCAGGACCCGACUUGCCAACGACAAUCAUUCGAGAUCGAUCGCGGAUAGCGAUGGACACUGGCGAUCUUAUUCCGACCAGGAGCACGGGAGAGGAGAGUUUGAAAUGCGUAACGCUCAGGAUCGAUACCAAAACAUGGACAGGAUGGACGCCGAAGACGAGCAGAACGAACAGGAGAUGACCGUUCGCUCGGUUAGGGAGACGGUGUUCGGUCCUGCCGAGUCCAAUGAGGACGACGAAAGGGAGCGGUAUCGUGCCGACGACGAGCUUCUCAGGCGAGUAACAGCCGUACGCCCAGAAGCUCCCCAACCGUCCAUCUCCAAGAAGGUUAUAUCGCCGUACAACUCGUAUCGCAAUCAUCGCACCCGCUGGGCGGAGUUCAGGCACGGCAUGAUCUACGGACGGUCCUCCUACUAGGCAACGAUACGCUCCAAAUUAUAGAACCUGUUUCAAGAAUUACCAUUUUUUAAGCAUACGUUUCAAAAAUUUGGUAUUGUAGGGACUCAAUAUACUUUUUGGUUCACUGAAUGAAAUUUUCAAAAAUCAAUUCAAUAUAAUACAUACAUUAAUUGAAA